AUGGCUGAUCAGGUAGUCAUCGUCACCGGUGCUGGAAAUGGCAUUGGAUUGGCCAUGGUCAAGCAGCUGGUGGCGUCUCAGAAGGUCUCUCACGUGGUAGCCGUGGACCUCAACGUGGAAAACCUGGAGAAGUUGCGUCAAGACCAUGCACAGAAACUCUUCCUUGUGUCUGGAGAUGUGUCGCAAAGUUCGACCAGUGCGCUAGCAGUCCAGACCGCACUCGACAAAGCCGGUCGGAUCAACACCUUGAUAUUGAAUGCGGCCAUUGUGAAGCCUAUAGGGCCUUUCCCGCAGCUUGCUCUUGCCGACUGGAAAAAGGCAUUUGAUGUGAACUUCUUUGCCUUGAUCGAUAUGAUCCAACACGCCUGGCCCUAUUUGCUGAAAACCGAAGGAAACGUCCUCCUAACCUCGACCAGGGUGUGCCUGAAACCGACCGAAUCAUGGACGUGUUAUGCUUGCACAAAGUCAGUGUUGAAUUACCUCUGCUCCUGUCUUCCCCUGGAAGAACCUCGCAUUAAGGUGCUGGCCAUUUCGCCUGGCGCCGUGGACACCAAUUCCAUGGCUGGGGCACGCAACGACGCGAAUUUGUCUCCAGCAAUGCAGAAAUUCCUCGACGAGAUACACGCAGGUGGGAAAUUGCUAAGGCCGGAACAGCCAGCUUCGGCGUUUGUCAGGAUCGUCGAGACUGGUAUCCCUCAAGAACUGACGGGAAGCACGAUCAAUUGGGACAAGGUUCCUGGUGCAAUGCUAUCGUAG